UCACCGGGCUCUGUGCAUUAUUAUCAGUGUUAGAUCAGUCGCCAACCGAUUAGGUUAAGGUCCUUAAGAGACUCUCUCUUUUUUCUCACUUUUGACCGUUGGAGUUGUUUAACAUUCAUUCAGUGACAAUGAAGGUUUUCGCAAUUAUCUUUAGUGUUGCAUUGAUAGCCUCAGUCUCGGCUCAGAAUGAUAUCUUCAGUACCAUGAUGCUUAUGCGAAUGUUGGGAGGCGGAAGCAGUGGUGGUUCCAGUGCCGGAGCAUCAUCGGGCGCAAGUGGUUCCGGCGGUUCCAGCUCUCUUUUCAGCAUGGGGGGUCGAGGUGGAUUUAACCCUGCAAUGUUAGCUUUAGGAGGAGAUCGUAUGAGGGACAUGAUGAUGUGUAACAUGUAUCCACGACAAAUGAGAGGACUCUGCAUGGCACGUGUGUUCCAAUAAUUUUCCUGCAGACGACAAAUUCCUCAACAAAUUCGUGAAAUUUAGACAUGUGUCUACGGGCCUUGGUAUUUUUUGUGAAUUUCAUUUUCUAUCCAAAAGGACGAUGCUUUAUUUAUUUGAAUUGAUGAUGCAAUAUUCAAGGACUUUUUUCGACAAGAGGACCACUCAACGCUAUUACGUCAUUUUGCAAAUAAAUUACCUCAUCCAUAGGACACUCCCAUCGGUGGUGACGUCAUAUUUGACAAACUCAUGGCAUAUCAUCCUUUCAUUUUUUAUCAGCUGUAGGAUCAUUGCUAUGUUAAUAGCUUGAUCUUUGUUCAACAGUUAAACUAUUAGGAAAUGACAAGAUGGAAUGUUAUAAAUGUUGUUUUGUCCUUUCACUUAUUAUUAUUAUUAUUAAUUAUUAUUAUUUAAUAUAUAAAUAAAAAAUUCCUAAAAAAAAUCCAUGUCAAAUUA